CUCGCUCAGCCGUCACCUGCGUCCAUGAGCGGCCCUCAGCCUUCUGGCGGCGGUCCUGGCGGCACACAGCCGCCGUCCGCGCGCCGCACUCUCUCUUCCACCUCCUCUACCGGCAACGAGACGGAGCGCGAGGACUCGCGCCGCCACGCCGCCGCUGCGGCGCCGAGUGAUGAGCACGCGGCCCUCAGUACUACGCCCACGCAGAGCCAUGUCGCACGCGGCACGCUCUCCGCCAUGCCGCGCGAGCCCAGCGUCAGCUGGAGCCAGCACGGCAGCGAGCCGAGCCACGCCGGCGCAGGCAGCACCAUCGGCCGCGGCAGCGCUCCGCAGCAGCGUCCGAGUGCUUCGCUGACGCCUCGCUCGUCGAGCGUGCGCCGCGACCCCUCGUCGGCGGCGCGCAGCACCUCCUAUGCGCCGUCGGACAUCGACACUGUCUCGGCCGUUUCUGCGUCCGAGUUCAGCUCGGGCGAGGAGGACGCCGGCGGUCGCACUGCGCAGUCUGCCACGCUGCGCGGUCGUGCGCCGCAGCAGGCGGGCACGGGCCGCGCCGAGACAGGGCCUGUCAGCGUGUCGCUCAGCCGCGCCACCGGCGCCAGCACGGCCAGCCGCGCCGGCAACCGCCGUGCCAGCGUGGUGCGCGAUGCGCGGCGGGGCAGUGUGGCGCGGCGCAACUCGGAUGAGGAUGAGGAUCGCUUCGGGCCGCUGGACGACGAGGACGACGAGGUGGAGCACCUGGACCGCGGCGAGGAGCUGGUGCGCCGCCGCAUGAAGGCACGGCAGAAGGAAAAGGCUGCGCGCCGCAAGAAGGAGAAGGCCGUCGAGCGCGAGCGGCUGCGCGCCCAACAGGGCUCCGUCGCCAGCCAGAAUGUGCCUGCCUCGCCCGGCGGCCAGGGCCCGCGCUCGCCCACGCUCGAGCGCGAAGGCCGGCCGACGUACAUUGCCAUGCCGACGCCUUCGUCCGAGGUUGGGCCCGGCACACUGUCCCCUGGGCUCUCAUCUGCCGGCGGCCUGCCGGCACUGAGUCCGGGCAUCUACCGCGGCCCGACCACCUAUCCCUCGCCGCACUCGCACAUCCGCCGGCCGAGCCACAACCAGCAGCAGCCGCAGUCGCAGCUCGGCGGGCGGCGCAUGAGCGGUGCGCAGGCUAGCGGCGCCUCGACUGUGACGCGCGCGCCUGGCGCUGGCGGCCUCGACGUUUUCUCCGACGCUGGCGCUGCGCCGUCCGAGGUGCCCGCCUCCAGCGUGGCCGGCAGCGUCGUCGACGGCGGUGAUGAUGAGGAGCGCGACACCGUCGCUGGCCUCGCCACCGAGGCUGCUCGCACCGAGGCUGGCUCGCGUCUGGGCGACGAGGUCGACGUGGCCCACGAGGAGGAGGAAGACGACGAUGACGAGGCCACGCCCAGCGGCUCGGGCGGCGAGGACGAUGUCGAGUACACGCUCAAGGAUCGCCAGGACGCCAUCAACAUCGAGCAUCCCUUCGGCUUGCCGAUCUGGAAGCCCGCGCUCUACAAGAAGAGCCGCACCGUGACGCGCAACGCCGAGAGCGCACUGCACUCGACACCCAGCGCCGCUGCGGGCCGCCACCUGCUGCCGGGCAAUCUGCUCUGGACGCUUCUCUUCGGCUCCUGGCUCUGCGUGCUCUGUCUUGCCGCCGCACUGCUUCUCGUGGUCGUCCCCGUCGGCGGCGCGCGCUAUGGACGCGUGCUCUGGGAGCUGGGCUGCUACCUGCUCUGGCCGUUUGGCAAGUACGUGGAGAUCGAUGUCUCGCCGACCAGCGGCGAGCGCGGCGUUUCGUGGGUCGAGCAGCCGCACGAUGCGGAAGUGGCGUACGAGAACGCCUUCACGCCCGUGGCUGCCCGAUUCCCGCACGACCAUGCACACCGCAUUCCCUUCAACAGCCGCGGCCGCUCGGGCGACUACUCGGACUACAACGCUGCGCAGCCUGACGGCACAGUGCGCGCCAGCUCGCGCGCCGCCGAGUCGGGUGAGGCGUCUGGCUCGGGCUCUGCUUCCGGCAGCGGCACCGAGACUGGCGCGCAUGACGCCGCCGAGGGCCCAGGUUCCACACUGAGCGCGCGCUCGGCGCAGGCAAUCGCACAGGGACCGGGCGAGACGAGUCCGCUGAAGGGCAAGGCGCGCGCCGCGACGUACGGCGCCACAGCCGACAGCGAGGAGGGCGGCAGCAGCAACAGCGGCGGCGGCGCACGCAAGGAGGACCGCGUCAGCGAGGAGCUGGACGUGUACGAGUACGUGCACGACGACCAAGGCCGCGACGUCGGCCGCCGCGGGCGCAUCUUCGGCACGCUGGCGUUUGGCCUGCUCUUCUGGCUCGUCGUCGCGCCGCUGAUGGGCCUCGUCUGCCUGGCGCUGUGGGGCAUGGUGUUCACCAUCCCCAUGGCCAAGCUGACGUGGGUGCUGCUCAAGAACCUGUCGUCGCAGCCGCUCGCGCUGCACUUCCGCUCCGCGCCCGGCAAUGCGCUCUCUGCGAACCACGACGAGUUCGGCGCGACGGCCGAGGAGGACCACUCGGACGGCAAGGACUUCCUGCGCCCGCUGCGGCCCGGCCAGUUUGCGCCGCGCCCCAAGGCACGCCGCGACGGCGAGCGGCAGCGGCGCAGCAAGAUCCUGCUCUGCACGUACCGCGCUAUGGGCCUGCAGUACUACAAGUACACCGUCGGCGGCGUCAACAUCCUCUUCGUCAACACGCUGCCCUUUGUCUUCUUUACCAUCUUCGACUUCUUCUUCGUCGAGGCGUACGUGCACCGGCACCACAUCACCACGGGCUUCCUCGCCGCCAUCUCGUCGCAGGGCGCGCUCUUUGUGUUCGCGCUCGGCUCGGUGCUGCCGCUGUCGUACUUCAUCGGCAUGGCGGUGGCCAGCAUCAGCGCCCAGAGCUCGAUCGGCAUGGGCGCCGUCAUCAACGCGACGUUUGGCUCCAUCGUCGAGAUUAUCCUCUACGCCAUUGCCCUGACGCAGAACAAGGCACGCCUCGUCGAGGGCUCCCUCGUCGGCUCCAUCCUCGCAGGCGUGCUGCUCAUGCCGGGCCUCUCGAUGUGCUCGGGCGCCACGCGCCGCAAAGAGCAGCGCUUCAACGCACGCUCGGCCGGCGUCACGUCGACGAUGCUCAUCAUGGCCAUCAUCGGCAUCCUCACGCCCACGAUGUUUUACCAGAUCUACGGCACGUUCCAUCUCACGUGCACUGGCUGCCCGUCGGGCCACCACGCCGGCGACACGUGGUCGUGCAAGCGCUGCUUCUACGAGCACAUCCCGCCCGCGACGGACCCGUUCUACCAGGAGAACGUCAAAGGUCUGAUGUACACGUGCACGGUUGUGCUCGUGCUGUCGUACGCCAUCGGCCUGUGGUUCUCGCUGCGCACGCACGCCAGCCAGAUCUGGCAGAACCCGAACCCCGUGCCCGCGCCGCAUGGAGCGGCCCCCAGUGCGCACGUCUACCACACCAACACGGGCGCAUCGACGGCGCCGGGCGCCAUCAGCAUUCCGGGCGCUCAGCGUGCAAGCAUCUACAAGCGUCUGCUGCCGUCGAGCGUGGUGCAGCAGCUGCUGCCCACGCAGCGCCCAACCAGCCAGGCCAACUCGCAGGCCGGCGGCACUCUGCGCUCGCAGCGCGGCGCGCCGGGCGACCUGCCGCCGCUGCAGCUGCCCGAGGGGCUCAGUCAGGAGGAGUACGCGCGCGCCGUGGCGCUGACGACGAGUGCCUUUAUGCACGGCCAGCAACAUCAGCAUCAGCAGCAGCAGGCACAGCAACAGCAGCAGCAGCAGCAGCAGCAGACGUCGCAGCUCUCGGCAAACCAGGCCAUUCCGCGCAGCACGAUGCACGAGCCGGCGCCGCGCCAUGUCUCGAUGCACGAGGCGCACGACGACGGCGGCGGCCACGGCGGCCACGAUGCGCCGUCGUGGACGCGCAACCAGUCGCUCAUCGUGCUCCUCUCCUGCACCGUGCUCUACGCCAUCAUCGCCGAGAUCCUCGUCGAUGCCGUCGACGUCGUGCUGGAUGGCUCGGGCAUCGACAUCAAGCUGCUCGGUGUCACGCUGUUUGCGCUCGUUCCCAACGCCACUGAGUUCAUGAACGCCAUGAGCUUCGCCAUCAAUGGCAACAUCGCUCUCUCGAUGGAGAUCGGCUCGGCCUACGCGCUGCAGGUCUGCCUCAUCCAGAUUCCCGCCAUGGUCGCCUUCAGCGCCUGGUACAACCACGACCGCGCCGCCAGCGCCCUCACCUCCUUCUCGCUCAUCUUCCCGCGAUGGGACGUCAUCGCUGUCAUCUUCUCGGUGUUCCUCCUCACGUACACGUACACCGAGGCGCGCUCCAACUACUACCGCGGCAGCAUCCUCAUCCUCAGCUAUGUGGUGCUCGUCUCGGGCUUCGUCUUUGCCCCGUCCUCGGGCGACACCGAAGAUCCGGGCGAGGACGGGCAGGGCUACACGCCGGCGCCGCCGCUCAGCUUUGCGCUCAUGGGCGGCAGCUUCGGCGGCUCGCCCGUGCCGGCGCUCCAUGCCUCUUCGCAGCCGCAGCAUGCGCUCACGCCGGCGUUCUCGGUGCUCGCUGCCAUGUUCCAGAGCCUCUGGGCUCGCUGAGCUCCAGGCGCCGAUCCGUUCUCGCACAACAGCUUCUCUCCCCCACAUUCCCCUCUGCGCCCGCACGCGCUGGGCUGCACCUGUUUCCCUUUCAUCUUAACGACACGACCUUCUCAUGG